AUGGAGCCCGAAAUCAGCAAACUUCACACCACCAAAGAGCUGGCACAAUCUUCGUCUCAGAUGGCCUCCAACAAAGACUUCAACCCCAACAGGGACCUCGUUUACUUACAAGUAACCUACUCCAAGAAGAAAGAUCUAAUCGGGCCCUACUUGAUCACCGACCACGGUCUUGACGCAGCACGGAAGCGUCUUCUCAACCUUUGCAAACUAAACAUCGAAGGAAUGAACGAUAUCCUACUUGCAAAGAUCGGAGAUGAGAUAAACCAGUCGGGCUUCAACUUCCAAGCUCUCAAAAAGCGCCGGAGUAUAGCGGGCGAUCAAAACCGCGAGGUUCUUGGUGUCAGCAGCUUGUUGUCGUCCAGCUCUGAAGUUGUGGAAAAGAUCCGCGAAUGUGAAGAAAAGGAGAGUAACCGGUUCUAUAUACCGUUUACUCGUGCAGCAUGCGCAAAGAACAUUUGA